AUGAAGAUUUACCCGUUUGGCCUGGGAUUUGCCGUGGCCUCCCUCGCCCGGAAUCCGACAGCGGCCACCGCCGAAGGAGCCGACAGUGUGCAGCCCACUGCUGUCGGAUCCUCUGCUACUUCUGCUGUCUCUGGCCUUCCACAGGAUGUGUUUCCCAUCCCUGGCCCUGGUCCGGUGAUAGUUACCGAUGUGGUCUCCACAGAACUGGCGGCGACUGCUACGGAGUCCCCAGUUCCAGUUACCACUGAGCCUGGAGUGUCGGAAGAGUCAGCCCAGCCACAUUUUGAAGAGCUUUUCACAAUCAGAGUUGAUCGUGAUCACAAGAGGCUCGUGACGGAAGAUGAGAUGUGGUAUUACAAAGCGACCGGAAAAUCUUACAUGGAUGUCACCAACGUCCAAGAUCUUGACAGCAGGUCGGCGCCAGUACAACACGAUGGCAGACUCACACCCUUUGCUACAAAGGUCUCCCAUGUUCGCAUCAUCGAAAAGAUGGCUCGCUAUCUAAGCAAGGGUGUCAUGCAGACUAACAUCGAUGUCCUGUCUUCAUUCUACAAUCGAUACUACAACUCUGAGCAUGGGCAGAGGUCCUCAGAAUGGCUACUUACUCAGGUUGACCGGAUUGUCCAAGCGAGCGGUUCCGAAAACAUCACGGUCAAGCCAGUUCCACACAAGUUCCUACAGAAGAGCAUCAUUGUCACCAUCCCAGGCAUGACGGACCGGAAAAUCAUCUUGGGUGCUCACCAGGACUCGAUUAACAUGACUGACAGAAAGGGUGGCAGAGCCCCUGGAGCUGACGACAACGCUUCGGGUACCGCCGUCCUUCUCGAGGCUCUUCGCGCCUUGCUCACCAACGACGUCAUCACAACUGGAGAUGCACCAAACACUAUCGAGUUUCAUUGGUACGCCGGACAGGAGGCUGGUUUGCUCGGGAGUCUUGAUGUUUUCAUGGAUUAUUUUGUCGCCCGCGAGGAUGUCAAGGCAAUGCUCAACUUUGACAUGAUUGGGUUUAACCAAAGGACGACUGACCAAAACAAGUCUGUUAUCAUUGGCGUUGGCGCGGACUACCUCGUCGCCGAUCCUUUCCUAUCUGACUAUGUCAAGAUGCUAAUCUCCAAUUACACCAAUGCAGCCGCGUCAUCAGUCAGAUGUGGAUUCGCAUGCUCAGACCAUGCUUCAGCUGCCUUGGCUGGCUACCCUGCCGCCUUCGUUUCCAAGAGCUCACUUGAGAGCGCCAACCCGUUCAUUCAUACGGCGCUUGACAACAUGACCACGGUAGACAUGGAAAGCGUCCUUGAGCAUGCUCGACUUGCCUUGGCAUUUGCCUACGAGAUGGGGAUGUACGACUUUGACAUGGACAAGGCUGGCCAGGCCACUGGUGGACAGGAGCCGGAUGCUGAGCCUUCGACGGAAGCCAAGUCUGAGUCUGAACCAGACUCAGCACUAGAGGAGGAGCCUGAGUCCGCCUCGGAGACCGAUUCUGACUUUUAG